AUGGCAAACAUCAGCAUCGGAGCCGAACAUCAAAGGAUUGAAUUUCCCACGACAGCCAACGGCCUCCCCACCGGAUUCCCACCGGUCCUGGCACGACGUGGCGUGCCUGAAUUUAUGUGGGAUCAAGACAUGUAUAUCAUCCGGCAUAUGGCGGACAAACUCUCCAAGGACCAAAGUAGGGAGAUAUUUCUUGUGUGUUUUACUUGUGGGCUGUCAAUCUGUUUCUACGGCGCUGCGGUGGAUAAGUUUAAUAGUCGGCUGCGUAUAUAUGUUAAUGGGAUGAAUGCACGGUAUGCGCCGUAUGGAGUUGUUUGGGAGAUGAGGGGGGUUGAGGAAGGGGGGGGUGGGGCUGUUGGUUCAAGAGCUGAAAAUAGAUACCUAGCUAGUAUCGGGCGAGUUAAUGCUAUACCUAAAGAGAGGAAGGGUGCACGAAAUACUGAGAAAACUUGGAUGGAUGGCGAUAGACACAUGGUCUGGAUGAAAGAUCAUAUGACCAGGCUAGAAAGUCCUCGUGAAGUUUUGGUUGGGGUUGUCGUUGGUUCCAAACAACAAGUCAACCCCGUUAACGGUCAUUUCGGUAGACAGAACCUAAUUUUGCAGCUUGCACAGCCAUCGGCUCCGACUUCCAUUGAGCUGUCAGUUGACCAGGCCGGUCUCUGA